AUGGCAGAGGCGCAGGUGCUGGCGCGCGCCUCCGAUGCGGUGCUGUUCUCGGCGGAGGAGGAAGCCGAGCGACAACGCGUGGAGUUGGAGCAGCAGGCGCUGAUGGCCCAGCUGGAGGGCAGCGACGCCGAGCGUGUGCAUGAUGACAGUGAUGAACACAUGCACACAGCAAGUGACAACCAGCACCACACAUACGACAGCCAGCACCACCAACAACAACGGCACGAGGAGAGUGAGGGCGUUUCGCCAGCGCCAUCAGCGCCAGCGGUGAAACAUCAGCCGCGCCCGCCGUCCAACGGCCGUCCAUCGAGAAAUGGUGUGCGAAAUCGCACGCGCGCACGCAAACGCAGCGGCCUUCCCCGCAGUGCUGUUCUGGUUCGCGAUAGGUCCCCUGUCACUGCAGCCCGCCACCACGACAACGACGGCGGCAACAACGACGAUGUGGAUGAUGUGUUCUCACCAACGCCUGAUCGCAGAUCGCAGAGCACCUCCAUUGCACGCGACGCACACAACGAUGAUGGCGGCAAUGAUGAUGAUGAUGGUGAUGGCGUUGACACCGAUGUACAGGCCAGCGGUGGCGGCGACGGUGAAAUUGGUGGCGAGCUCUUGAGCGAUUCGAUGCAGAUGCCGCUGGGAGAGAUGCUCGCGCUGCAGGCAGACGGACAAGCGGUGGACGUGAGGGCCGUUUCGCCCAACCCGCCGCACAAUGACACCACCAAAGAUGGUGCGGACACUGCUCGUGACAUGAAGGCGUCGUCGGUGAUGGUGAGCGCCGUGACAUCCACGCACGACGUGUUGUCAAUGUCGACCGCAACGACGACACCGGUGGAGGCCGUGAGCGAUGCGAGCAGCGGCCACCACCUCCGCCCGGGCGACAAGGUGCUGCGUCGCGCUGUGAGCGUGAGCAUUGGCGUGCAGACGGAACACAGCGGUCCAAUCUCGCUUGCCAACGGCGACGGUGGUGACGGUGAUGGCGUGAAGGACUAUGAUGAUGCUGAUGGUGGUGGUGACGCUGAUGAUGGUGGUAGUGUGGCUGUUGCUGUAUCAACAAUGCAAUUCAGCGGUCGCGAAGAGGACGGCGGCGGUGGCAGAGGUGAUGGUGAUGCUGAUGCUGAUGGUGAUGUUGAUGACUCGGUGCAAGAGAGUUUGGAGGCAGCAGCGAAAUUGUCCAGUUUACAACAGAUGCGCGCGAUUCUCAAGCAGCGCAGGCGGCUCUUUGCCUCCCUCAUCUCUUAG